AUUUGCCUGACAGAAAUCCCUCGGCUCGGGGACGCUUCCUGGGCUCGCCUCGCUUUGUUAUUGGGUCGUUUGUUUUUAAGCCAUGUCCCCCCCCUGCUCUCUCACGCCCAGGGAGGUAUUUGGCGCCCUCGGAGUUCUUAAAGGCCGUCCUAAAAUUCACAGGGAUUUACAUAGCCGCCUUAAUCUCGGUCAGGGCCCCUUCGGACGCUUUCUGGUAACCAUGGCGACCCCCUCUUUCCUGCGGAGGGAGUCCGUGGAAUCAUGGAACUGGAUCAAGAACACCACCCCCAAACUGCCCCCUCUGGACGCCAUUCGGCUUUCCGCUGUCCUGGAAGACUGCACGGACCAGCUGACCAUCCUCGGCUGCAUCAUGCCCGUUUCCUACGAGGGAAGGAAAGACGUGGAGGAUCUUGACGAACAAGGCAUGCAGGACAUCCUUACCAGCCAGCAAGAGCUGAGUGCGAAAUACAGGAACCUCAUGGACAAGAGGGCCGAGAGCCUGGCCAAGAUUCCCGUCGAGCUGGGCAAAGUGGCGGAAAUUCGGUGGCAGCUCUUGGACACCAGCUCUGACCUGAAGCGGUCCAACCAUCUCUUCACCAUGGCCACCAGGCAGAGCGUUCUGUCCACAGAUGUUCUUCAGAAGGUUCAAGCGGACAGGCAAUACUCGAGCAAUGUGCUGGAAGGCACCAUGGAUGAAAUGCUGAUGCUGAGGACCUUCCGCACCCUGCAGUUGGCCGUGACUAUGGAAAGGGACAAGAAGACCAAUCUUCAGAACCUGGUCCUCAGGGAAGAGAUGGGAAGGAAGAAAAUCAAAAGUCUUCAGAAACAGCUCGGUGAGGUCAAGAAGGAGAAGGAUUACGAGCUGCAGAACCGGAACGAGAUGAUUGCCUACCUCAAGGACCAGCUUCAGGAGAUGAAGGCCAAAACGGACAUGGAGAAUCGCUACGUCAAGAAGGACACCGAUCUCCAUGUAGCCCAAGUGCAGAAGAAGUGCUCGUUGACCGAGAACGAUCUGCAGAAUGAAAUUGAGAAGCUGCGCAAUGAAAUGGAUCAAGAGAUCCGAGUCCACAUGGAGAUCGAGGCUUUCCUGAAGCAGCAGCAAACGAGCAUAGAAGAGAAGCUGGAGUACUGGAUGGAGAAGUACGAAAAGGAAACCGAGGCCAAGCAACAGGCCCUCAACAACCUGAAGUCCUCGCGAACGGCGGACCAGGCCUCUCUGCAAGAACUGGCCAAGCAGUGCCGUGCGUGCGAGCUGGCGAUCAUCGAGGACCGGAAGGAGAAAGAGAACGCGAGGAAGAAGGUCGAGCAAGAUGCCCUGGAGAUGAAGAGCAUCUUGAAGCUGCAGGCCUGGUGGAGAGGCAUGAUGGUCCGCCGAUUCCUCGGUCCUUACAGAAACCUCAAGAAAAUGCUGGAGGAAGAGCCGGUCAGCAAAGAGAAAGGGAAGAAAGGGAAAGCCGGGCCGAAGAAGAAAAAGUGAUGGGAAGAGGACGACCAUCCCCAGGUCCAGUUUGGGCACACUGGAGAAGAGAGCAGCUCUGCAAUUUGCCCAGAGGAUCCGAAAUAAUUAGAAAUAUUCUGUCUUCAAGCACUUCUGUCUCUCAUUUGGGGAGGACCCAUCCUGGGGUCUCUAAGCCAGUGUCUUUUUUGUUUUUCAUUUAAAAAAAAAUAAAGGAAAAAGGGAAGCUGGCUAA